ACCACUCCUUUCACGGCGUCUGGUGACUUCCUCUCAUUUCCGUAGCUAGACAGGGGUGUGUGUUGUCCCGUGUAAGCGAGGAUGGCGACGCUUGUGGAAUCUGCAGACAUUGAGACUUUAAGCAGCUCGAGCAACGUUAUGGCAUCCCCAAUGUCCACGAGUCUCUCGCAUCGUUUUGACGACAGCAAAUUUUACCUGCUUGUGGUUAUUGGAGAAAUUGUCACGGAGGAUCACUUGAAGUGUGCCAUUGCGGAUAUAGAAAAAGGGAUUCGCUCAUGGGACACCAACCUCAUCGACUGUAACCUGGAUCAGGAACUAAAGCUCUUUGUCUCCAGACAUUCAGCCCGUUUCUCUGCAGAUGUACGAGGGCAGAGAAUUCUUCACCACAAAAGCAGCGUUCUCGAGACAGUAGUGCUUAUCAACCCCUCAGAUGAAGCUGUCAGCACUGAGGUUUGUCAGAUGAUCUCAGACACAGCCAGAAACAAGCUGCUGGUGCUUUCAGGACAAAGCUUUGAAAACACAGGAGCACUGAUUUUGCAGUCUGGCUCCUUCUCUUUCUUCAACUUCAUAGAUAUAUUCACAGACCAAGAGAUUGGUGAAUUACUUAGCACUAUUCGCCCAGCAAACAAGGCAAGCCUAACCCUCUAUUGCCCUGAGCAAGGUGACUGGAAAAACUCAAACUUGGACAAACACAACCUACAAGACUUCAUCAACAUGAAGCUCAACUCACCACUGAUACUCCCAGAGAUGGAAGGUCUCUCAGAGUUCACAGAAUACCUGUCGGAGUCAGUAGAAAUCCCAUCGCCAUUUGACAUGCUGGAGCCUCCGACCUCUGGCGGUUUCCUGAAGCUCUCAAAACCAUGCUGCUACAUUUUCCCUGGCGGCCACGGCGACUCUGCCCUCUUUGCGGUGAAUGGGUUCAACAUGCUCAUCAACGGGGGCUCUGACCGCAAGUCCUGUUUCUGGAAGCUGGUGAGACACCUAGACCGGGUAGACUCCAUCCUCCUGACCCACAUCGGGGACGACAACCUGCCAGGCAUCAACAGUAUGCUCCAGAGGAAGAUGGCUGAGCUGGAGGAAGAGCAGUCACAGGGUUCCCAAGCUACUGGCGACUGGUUGAAGAACCUCAUAUCCCCAGACAUUGGGGUUGUGUUCUUGAACACCCCUGAUAAUCUGGGGAACCCUGCUGAACCCAACUUCAGGGUGAGGAGGAACAUUGAAGAGGCAGCACACACACUCCAUUACCUGAGCAAGUUGAAUCUGAGGCCCGAGCCUUUGCAGAGGCCGGUCGGUAACACUAUCGAACCCAUCAUUCUGUUCCAGAAAAUGGGCGUGGGGAAGCUUGAGAUGUAUGUCCUGAACCCGUCGAAGAACAGCAAGGAGCUGCAACAUUUUAUGAAGCAGUGGACAGGCAGCGAGAAAGACAACUCCACUGUUAUUCUGCCCAAUGGAAAAGAAUCGGAGCUCCCAAUUUCUUAUAUGACCUCAAUCUCUUCCUUGAUUGUGUGGCACCCAUCAAACCCUUCAGAGAAGAUAGUACGUGUCCUGUUUCCAGGCAAUGCCUCUCAGUAUCACAUCCUUGAAGGUUUGGAAAAACUAAAACACUUGGACUUCUUGAAGCAGCCAGUUGUCACCCAGAAGGAGCUAUCUUCUAACUUGGCACCAGCUCUAAAGCAAGCAAAGCUGAAACAUAAAACUGACAGCAAGGAGAGUCUGAAGUCAGUCUCUAGGCCAUCACCAAGCAAAAGUUUCAAAAAGGAGUCAAAGGAGGAGGCUCCAGAGAAGGCAAAGACAGAUGCAGAAUCGGCUCAAGAAAAGACUAACAAAUUUGAGAAAAAAGACAAACCUUUGGUGAAAAAGGAAAAAGCGAAGGCACCGGAAAAAGAAGUGAAGGUGAAAGCAGAGCCAACUACCGAAACUCCAGAAAAGAAGAAGGCUGAAAUGAAACCAAAAGCUCUUAAGGAGAAGAUUAUCAAAAAAGAACCCAGGAAGUCUGUAGAAAAGAAAAAUGAUGAAAAGGAGGUAAAGAAAGAAGUAGCAAAGAAAGAUGAUAAGCUAACAUCUAAAAAGGAAGAAACACCCAAAACGGAACAGAAGCAAGAAACACCCAAAAAAGAACAGAAGGUAAAGAAAGACAUUUUAAAGAAAGAUAGAGAUUUCAGGAGGGAUUCCCCCAUGAAGGUGAGGAAGGAAGAGAAUAAGGAGCAAAAGAAAGACGAUCUAAAGAAAGACAUGAAGAAGCCAUCCAAGGAUUUAAAAAAUACUCCAUCUGCUUUAGGCGAAGGGAAAAAACUUGCAGCAAAACCAAAAUCUCUGAAAAAAGAUGACACUACAAAGAAAGACUUUGGAAGCCCUUUCAAGUCCAAGGCAAAACCAAAAGUCACCAAGAAGGACCUCAAGGCCACAGAUGCUAAAUCUGCUGUUGCAGGAGCUGCAGCUGUCACAGCAGGAGUGGUAGCCACCGCCACUUGUGCUGCGGAGGUCCUUGAGACAGAAAGAGCCAUGAUGUCUUCUCCAGAGGACCUCACUAAGGACUUUGAAGAGCUCAAAGAAGAGGAGAUCUUUCACGAAGAAGAGCCGGUGGUGAUCCACAGAGAGGACCUCAUGCACUCUAAGGAGUCCCCUGAAGCAGCAGAGUCUCUGGAUGAGGGGAUCACAACCACUGAGCAUGAAGGAGAAAGCGGGGAGACUCCAGAGGAACAAGAGCAUAAAGGGAAGUUGAGCGGCAGCGGCAGUGAGAAGUUUGAAGAUGAGGGAACUGGGCUAGAUUAUGAAGAGAAGGGAGAGACAGAAGAGGUCCAUGAGCCAAUGAGAAGGGAAAUGGACAACCAUAAACAUGCUGAUGACAGUGAAGAUGAGGACUCUGAGGACGAGGAUGCAGAGCCAGACCAAUGUGGAAAAGAUCAUAACAGAAAUGAAAGAGAAGUACAGAAGUGGGGCCUGUCGGUGACACCGCCUCCCAAAACGUCUGAGCCUCUCUCUCCGUCUGCAUCUAUUCAUGAUGAGACCCUUCCAGCUGGCUCUGAUGAUGAAGCAGCCUCAGAUGAUGAGAACCGUGACGAGGCAUACACUGCUACAUCUGGCCACACCCAGUCAACUAUUGAGAUCUCCAGUGUGCCAACUCCAAUGGACGAAAUGUCCACUCCAAGGGACAUUAUGAGUGACGAGACUACUAACGAUGAGACAGAGGAUUCUCCCUCUCAGGACUUUGCCAGGUUUGGAGGAACAAUGUUAGGAGACCUUGAGAGGAAGAGGCUGUCUCCACUACACGACGGCCCAGAGUCAGACCAUUCAAAGAGCGAUGCCACCGAAGGCAGGGGCUACAACGCUUCUGCAUCCACAAUAUCUCCACCAUCGUCACUGGAAGAGGACAAAGAGGAAGGGUUCAAGUCCGACAAAUUUGGUCUUGAUUCAGCAAGCUCUGUUCUCACCACUACUUCACCUCUCAUCCGCUCCCCUUCAGCUCCCAAAGGAACCUUUGACUCAUACUCAUCUGGAUUCGCGGCACCAAUUGAACUGUGCACAACACUUUCUGGAUCAUCAAAGGCAGCAGCUGGGUCUUCUACUAGCCCAGAUGACAAGACAUUGGAAGGUACCACCUCACCUCAUUCCUCUGGUCACACCCCUUACUUUCAGUCUCCCGUGGAUGAGAAGGCUGGCUCUAUAGCACCUGCAAAUGGCCAUGGUCCUGUAAUUGUAGAGGUUACAAGUGAUAAAGAAGAUUCCAACAGGGUCAGCCCCAUGGACGACCCAAUUCCUGACCACACCUCGACUGUAGAGAAGGUGCUGUCCCCAAUCAAGAGCCCGCCUCCUGUAGUAGAAGGAAAGUUACACUUUGAUUUAGAUCAUAUGUCAACAAUGCACUCGAGUCAAGAUGAUAAGAAAAAUGGGGCUAGCGACAGUACCUCAAUCUCAUCCACAAACCCAUUCGCAGGUUUCAAAGAGGAGAGUAAAAUGUCGAUCUCGGAGGCAACCACGUCUGAUAAAUCGGGUAGCCCUGUAGAUGAGGCUGUAGCAGAGGACACUUUUUCACACAUCGCCUCGGCUUCCACCGCCUCACUGGCCACCAGCUCAUUCCCAGAGCCUACGACAGAUGACAUUUCCCCUGCUCUCCACGGUGAAGCCGGCUCCCCGGAAUCAACAGAGGUGGAGGACUCCCUAUCUGUCUCUGUGGUUCAGACUCCAACCCCUUUUCAGGAGGCAGAGGUCUCUCCUAAGGGGGAGAGCCCCAGGCCCAUGUCAAUCUCUCCAGACAUCUCACCAAAGACAGCCAAAUUAAGGACACCAGUGCAGGAGCCUAAAUCCCCAGAGCAUUCCACCAUGUCAUUUGGCCAGGAGUCCCCUGAUCACUCAUUAGCCCUAGAUUUCAGCAAACAGUCUCCAGAGCACCCUUCUGCAGGCAGCCUGCGCGCCACGGAGAACGGGCCAACAGAGGUGGACUACAGCCCCUCAGAGGGGAAUGAUCUGAGAUCCUCCGAACAGUACAGACCCACUGUAGACAAGCCUAUGCUUUUCAAAGACAAUGACUCAGGUCGCGCCACUUCUGCGUCCCCAUCAGACGCAUCUCAGUCCACCCCCUCGACAACUACGCCUUGUCAGAUGAGGGAAAUGUCACCGGGCUUAGCCCAGCAGAUGGACAAAUCCCCUGCCACCCCGAAAGGGUCUUCCCCCUCUUCCCCCUCCUAUUCUUGCUUCACUCAGAAAACAGAUAUGCCCUUAGCAGCAGAGACUAAUCCCUUCAAAUGUGGUGGAGAUUCCAAAUCCCCUGUCAGCCCCAAGGUUCCCUCCCCAUCCUACCUACCACUCUCUUUCAACCUCUCCGACUAUCAGAAGUGUGCAGGUGGUUCCAAGGACCCAGACUCCUCCCAGAAGAGCCCCUCUCCUGGGUCUAGGACAGAUGUUGACCUUUGCCUUGUGACCUCUUGUGAGUACCGCCACCCUAAGACAGAGCUGUCCCCAUCCUUCAUCAACCCCAGUCCUUUGGAGUACUUCAUGAAUGAGGAGAAGCCUCUGGAGGAAGAAAAGCCUCUAGCUAAGUCAGGUGGAGGACCUCCACCCCCUGGUAGUAAACUCCACGCUAAGCAAUGUGAAGAGACCCCACCAACCUCCAUCAGUGAAUCCGCCCCAUCCCAGACGGAUUCGGAUGUUCCCCCUGGGACAGAGGAGUGUCCCUCUAUUACUGCGGACGCAAACAUAGACUCUGAGGAUGAUUCUGAGACAUUACCAACAGACAGGACCCUGACUUACAGACAUGCUGAUCCUCCUCCCGUGGCUCCCAGGGACUCUGCUCCGUCUCCAGCCCACCCAGACGUCACCAUGGUGGAUCCGGAGGCCGACAAGCCACCCGCUGACGACAACAACCAGACUAAGGACAAGGACUCAAAGGCAGAGGGAGCUGAGAAAGCUAAGAAGAAGAAGCUUACCAAGACCAAGUCCUCCUCACCAGUCAGAAAGACUGGCCUUUCAAAAGUAAAGGAUUCAAAAGUAAUGGCCUCUCCUAAGAAAAGUGUAGGAGAAGGGAAAGAUGCCAAAAAUGCAACCAAUAGCUCUGCAUCCAGGGGUGUGAAAAGUGCCACAUCAGGUUCAGGUGGUGGAAAGGCAGCAACUGCAAUACCCAUACCCAACUGCCCUCCCAUGUACAUGGAUUUGGUUUACAUCCCAAACCACUGCAGCGCCAAGAAUGUGGAUGCAGAGUUCUUCAAACGGGUCAGGUCAUCCUACUAUGUAGCAAGUGGCAAUGACCAGACGGCCCAGGAGCCCAGCAAAGCUGUCCUGGACUCACUGCUGGAGGGCAAAGCCACGUGGGGAAACAACAUGCAGGUGACCCUGAUCCCGACUCAUGACUCAGAGGUGAUGAGGGAGUGGUACCAGGAGACCCAUGAGAAGCAGCAGGACCUGAACAUCAUGGUGCUGGCCUCCAGCUCCACCGUGGUCAUGCAGGACGAGUCCUUCCCCGCCUGCAAGAUAGAGCUGUGAACCUGAUCCUGGGCCUCGUUCCAUUCCAAAUUAUGCUUCUCUUCUUCCCUUAACUUCUCCCUUCACUGGAGUGUGCACUCUAUUGACGUUCCAAGACGUUUCUGCAAGGGAGCACCUUCUAAUGAAGGGAAGGGGUCGUAGUAAUUUGGAUUGGAACAACCCUCUGGACUCUCCUGAUCAAAUGAUCUAGUAACCGAGAGAUCUAGUGAUCAAAUGGAUCAUGUUGUUAGUGGUAUCUUUGAGUUGGGGUGAGGGAUGACGUAGACAUAGAGUAAAUGUAAACGCAUGUAAUUUAAACAAAGGCUGUGUGCCAACAUUAAUGAAAUAUACAUAGCCUACAUUAAAAUGAUGUUCUGGUUUGAAAAAACAAUGGCAAACAUAAUUGUUUUAAUGAAAUCCACAAUACCCAAAAGAAGUAUCUGACACAAGUAUCAGCUUUGUGGAGCACUUUGAGUAAGGAAAUGUCAUAGCAAUAUCCUGUACGGAAUGAAACAUUUGAUCUGACCACUAUAGAGAACAUAAAAUGAGAACAUAGAAUGCUCCAACUGUAUAAAUUGGUGCUCUUGACGUAGAUUGAUUUCUUCAGAAAACAAAAUUUCCCAUGAGCACCAAUUAUCAAGUCAAAUCAAUAUAGAAAAAUUCAUGAGAAUAUACUUGUUCAUACUGGGGACAAAAAAAGGUAUGACAAUAAUACAAAAUUAUUGAGAUAUUAUGAUGAAAUCUAUUUGUCUUCAAGGUUGGGACUACACGUCAAAAUAUGUACGAUUCUGGUACAUGCCGUUACUUAAUGUAAUCCAUUACAAUUACUAGUUACCUGUCCAAAAUUGUAAUCAGUAACAUACAUUUUGGAUUACCCAAACUCAGUAACGUAAUCUGAUUACUUUUAGAUGACUUUUCCCUUUAGACACAUUAGAAGAAGACACAAAGGAUCCAUCAAAACGCAUUUGGUGUGUCAUCAUAGUGAUCUCUGACUUGUGGCCUAGUGUGGCCUAGAUCUAGUGUGGCCUUGUGGCCUAGAUCUAGUGUGGCCUUGUGGCCUAGAUCUAGUGUGGCCUUGUGGCCUAGAUCUCUGACUUCUCUGACACUCACUCUGGUGGAACAACCUUAAACUUGCGCCUUUGUUCAAUGCUGAAUCGAAUGUCAUUGAGAGAACAGAAAGGUGUCAAUGUAUUUUUCGCAAACACCCUUUCUGAAUUUAAAAAGUAAUCCAACUAGUAGUCAUCUAGUUUUUCAAAAGUAUCUGUAAUCUGAUUACAAUACAACUGAUUACAGUCACAGUUUCCCCCCCCCCCAUGUAAUCAGUUACUCCCCUGGGUGUGAUAGUAGGUCAUCAAACAAUGCCUCAAGCCACUGAUUAUAUCUCUGUCUAAAUAACUAAUCUAUCAAAUUGAUUUAACCCAGCUGCAUACACCAAAGGAUCGAGGGAAAACACGUGUAAGUUAUUGCCUUAGGAAGUGAAUUGAAUGUAAAAGAUUGAUGCACUGAGGACAAAUAGCCUAUGUAAGAAUGAUUAGAAAACGUAAAACACAAUUUAACAAGAGUCUGUCCCCAACUGUCAGAUAAUCUCUGUAUAGAGUUAGUUUAGUUUGAUACUGAUGGAGUAAAUAGAUAGAGCAAGAUGAAGGUUCAACUGCACUGAGGGGCCUAUGAAACAUAACACAUGUUUGUCUUAAUUCAUUGUAAUUAUUUAGAGAACAAGACAAUUCUAGUCAAGAUUUGCCCAUGACUCUGACACUAUCUUGAUUUAGAAUUACGCUGCACGCUUUGUGAUCCUGUUAGUGCAAACGAUUGUUGAUUUGUCUUCGUUAACAUCAGUUAAUGCGAACCUUUUCUUUGGGGGCCAUGAUUUUUGUUAUUUCAUCUCAGUGUUUUAAGAGUUGUUAUUUAUUUAAUUUAUUAUUGGCUAACUUUUAAAAUGUAAUCUAGUCUCUUAAAGAUAUACAAUAUGAAAGGUAUGUGUAUAAUCGGCCAAACUUAAUUUAAAAAGUGCGUUGUUUUAAAAUAAUGUCUUAUGUUCAGAUUUGAUCUUUAUAGCUUAUUGGUUUCUAUUGAUUUAAAUAGAACUCUAUGUAGUGCACUGUAAACUUCUGCUCAGUCCAUCCUCCCUAGCCAAGUAAAACUCAACUCCACGAUGUACUUCACAUCAAUGGAGUUGAGCGGAGAUGAGAGUGGACGGACUGGAGCUCCGACGUCACAUGAAGGUUUUUAACAAAAACAACGGAUUUCAGCACCCAAAACAUAGCCCGGGGAGGGGUCUGUGGAUCUGUCUCAGUCCGUUCAUUCAUAAGUUAGUCACGUUAUAUCUCAGACAGCUGCAUCAUUCGUGGGGGCUACAUGUUUACUGUUGCCUUGUUUUAUGUGAUUUUGGAGCUCCAGUUCGCCCACACUAGUCGCUGCUGAACUCUGUUGAUGUGAGGUACAUAGGGGAGUUGAGUUUUACUUAGCUAGUCCUCCCCAGCAUUUUGUGUAGAACCACAAAUGGAGCCCUAGCGACUGCUUGAAUGUGCUACAAUAUCUUCAGGCUUGUGAAGUGAGACACUUUCCUAACCUUACAUUUUUUUCUGUUUUUAAAACACUGUACUAUAAUUAUAAAAAGCUUUGUAGCAAGGUGAAUGGUCGGAAGAAAUGUGCAUGAGUAAUAAGCUUUUUUUCUCUUUUUAAGAAUUGGGGAAAUCUGUUCUUAUCUGCCAAAACAACACCUCAAGUCUGUGCUAAUAUAAAUGAAGGCAUACAGUAAGAGUUGGUUGUUCCUUGAGGUGUUGCCAGCUACGCCAUAAUGGCAUGGAAAGUGAAAAGUUAAACUAAAGGCCCUAUCUUCUGACUGUGUUGGCAAUUUUAAGAUCUUUAAGUCUGCUUCCUCAUAGUCCAUGGCCCUAGCUACUCAAGGAGGAUAUGUAGUACCUCGGCCUACCACAGGUCUAUAUAAAGCAGUGGUCAGUAUGCCUUUUGUGGUUGCAAGAUGGCGGCACCUCUGCCAAAUCCCUACGAGUCAGGUAAAGCUCUGUAUAGAUACGCCUUGAGAAGAGUAAAACACGGGGGAGAGUGACUGUUUUGGGUAUGAGUUGGGGUGUGAAAGACAAAAAAACAAGACACUUUUAAAGCCAGGACAAAUGAUGAUAAUUGUAACGCGAAGCCAUGAACAGAACAAUAGAAAACAGAUGUUCAAACACCAACCGUCUACAUCAACCAAACAAUUUAAUGACCACGCCUAUAGGGAGGCCACCAACAUACUACAACCAUCCACCACUCAGAACAAACGGUCACUGGUUAAGUAAAAACUCACAUAGGCAAAAUAUUACAGUCAACCAACCAGGGCCAGGGACUUAGUUACUGCCUCCGCGACAGGUCUCCAUGGCAACACAUUUAUCCAGUUGUCCUGUACAGCUCUGCAACCGGAUACUUUAAUCAUAAGCAUGACCAUCCUGCUGUUCAACCACAAACUAUAGUGACCGACCGACCACACACCACUCUUUCUUGAUCUUUCCUCACUCAACUACUGUACUGUAUUCCUUGUUCUAUCUUUCUCUAUUUUGGGUGAUUGUUAAUACUGUCUGUCUGCAACUGUGUGGUAUAAAAUUGUCUUGUGAUCUCUGCAUCCUCUCCUGUUCCAAACUCAUAUCUAAUGUAGCGGUUAGUUUCAAGUGAAAGUAUUAUUUACUGCUUUUCUGAUAUUUGUGUGCAAUGUCUCCUCUCCCUCCUAUGGGACAUUUGAUGUAAAGGGACCUACUAUUAAAACCUAAAAAAAAAAGAGCCACAAA